UCUAUUGCAUAAGCGGAGGGAUGCUUCCCUCUCAUUGUUUCCUCCAAAUCCGGAGUACCGCGAAAUGAAAGUAUCCCAAUACGGUCAAAGCGUCAACCUCCAAACGGAUGCAGGUUUUAAGUUCAACGGAACUUUUCGAUGUUCGAUUUGAUCAUGGUAUAUAACGGGCGGUCCGUAUUGUUUUCGCUUUGUGUGCCCCACUCGCCCAAUUGUUUGCUCGAUAGCGCGCUUUGUGAGACAAAGAAAAACAGUUCAGUAACACGCCUAGCGAAACCUAUUAUUCAACCCAAUCCUCAUCCAUCUCCUUUCUUCUUUCUCAUUAUUCCCCCUUCCUUCAGAACCGUUCACUCACCUUAGCAGCCAUUGUUCCAGUCCUCGAGACAGAACAAUCAUGCCUGCGUUCCGCACACACGAUACCCUUUCUCAAUCACUUGAAGUGAUUACGGACGCCAUCCAGCCCCCAACCUUGGCCAUCAUUUCUCCGACGCCGCGCGCCUUCACUUUCCCUAUUGACCAAAACGAAACCUGUCCUUACUCGUCGCCUGUAAAUUCGCCUUUUGAGCCAGAUCUCCGGAAGCUCACGCUCACCCCUUCACGCCCCACACUCCUUCGCACUCUUUCCCCUGUAUCUCCCUCAUCAUCCAGUUCAUCAGGAUCGACCUCGGUCUUUUCCUCGACAUCAUCAUUUACUACCUUAUCUUCUGGACCUGCAUCGCCAUCAUCGCACAAACGCCGCAAGUCGUCGAUAUGCAGCGACAUCGAGCGUAGACCAAGAAAGGGCGACGAAGACUAUAUCAAGCGCCCUGAAAAUGCUUUCAUCCUCUUUCGCAGGAAGUGCUGUGAAGAGCGCCAACAGGCUCAGGAGGAGGCGGUAUCAGCAGCAUACGCUGACGCCCCAACGAAGAAGCAGCGACAGGCAGAUCUGUCAAAAACGAUCAGUCAACAGUGGAAGGCGCUUUCUGCCGAGGAGCGUCUGUACUGGGAAGAGCUGGCCAAGGAAAAGAAGAAGGAGCAUGAGCAGAUGUACCCGAAUUACGUCUAUCGCCCUCAGCGAUCGAAGGACAAGAAGGGGAAGAAGAGUAAGCGGGGCGAGUUUGAGCACGAGACAGACUGUGAGAGUAGCAUCUCCUUUAUGCUUCCAUUGUCGCCUCCGACUGUGAUGAAGCACGGCCGUUCUGCGUCCGCUCCUACUCCCCCACCUGCUCAGCAGAGGAUUCAAGUUCCGACGGUUUACAUGCCUUCGUGCCCCACAUCGCCGUCGCUGUUGCCAAUGAUCAGCCGCCGCUCGUCGCAUCCAGACCAUGGAAUGAAUUCGUCAGCAUCACAGUUCGAUUUCUUGCCCCAACAGCAGUUUUCGCACCCUAACGCCUACAUGGCAGGCCUUGAUGCCAAUGGAUUCUAUCACGGGAUGUUCGAGAACCCCUCUGCACCCCAUCCACUGUCGAUUUCCACCGAUAUGUCCAUGCUCCACGCCAGCCAACAGAUGGUUUCGCCAGCGUCGUCAAUAGAGUCCGGGUCAUCCGGCCCGCAUACCGGCCCUUAUACGCCCGUCAAUUGCAUGCCUGCCGCAUUCUCGUUCCACGAUGCGUCCCAUGAUCUUGACUGCAUGAAUGAAGCGGAAAUAGAUUCGCCAAUGUCUGGAUCGCCUUUGGAUAACGUGCACUUCGGGUACUCCCAGUCGUAUUCUUGGGAAGGACAGGGUGCGUGGGAGAGUCAUGGCGACCUUCUUGCUGGAGACGAGUUCGACCUGAACGCUAUCCCUCCAAUUCAACUUGGUAUGCCAGGAUGCGGGGGAGAGUUGGCGUCCAUGAGCCAGCACCAGUCGGCAUUCGACAUAGACUACGCCCCUGGCUCCUAUGACGCAUCGUCAAUGGAGGCAAACCAAUAUCCGCUCGAAGCACAAGGGCACGAGACGUUCGAGCAGAUGUUCAAUUUUGAAAACAUGCUCGUAGCACCUGCCGGAUUCUGAUCGCUCAACCGAUGUAUGCUGGCGUCAUCGGCCUUGGGGACAUUUUUAUACGGACACCUUGUAAAACCACCUCUCCAUCACAUCCGCAUCCACGUCCACACGCGGGCCACUUUUUCUUCCGUGUUUGAU